GCCCCUUGUGCGUGCACUCUUCCUGUUAGCAGUUAGCGGGAAAUGCGAAUUCCGGGUUGAUCUCAUCUCACACAGCUGCCGACUCUUGUGCGUUUAGUUUUUUAAAAUUUUUUUGGCCGAGUGUUUUGCAGGCAAUGCUUCGAGUUUUUUCCGGUAACGAGCUUUUUGGCUUGCCCAUGGAACGACGACUUGAAGGUGAUAGUGGGCCGAAGCGCUGGCUGAAAACGAGACAGGCUGUGCAGUAUUUUAAGAGUCUCUUAUUGUGCUCAAAAUGUGGGAAUAUGCUGCAGGAACCUGUAUGCCUAGGAGGAUGUGAUCAUAUCUUUUGUAGGUCUUGCACUAGUGAGAGUUUAAGAGAAGGUUGCUCCGUGUGUCACACACCAACUUGGCAAAAAGAUAUCCAGAUUAACCGGCAACUGAAUGGUGUUGUGCAACUAUGCAAUCAACUUGAAAAUCUGCUGAUGCUUGGCUGUGAUAAGGAAGCAGAUCCUGUAAUGGAUGAAAAUACUCCACAAAGUGCCGUGCAGCCAGAGUCGCGUGAAAAACCAAAGAAAACCGUUACAAUUUGGUAUAGUCCUCGCACUCGCAAAGUCCGUGCAAAAGUUGAAAAGGCAGCUAGCAAGAAAAAUGAGGUUCAGCAGAAAGAAGGACAAGCAGCAUUUUCCAUUUUACAAGACACAUCUGUGUUUGAAUUUCCUUCUUCUGAUUCCUCAACUUCUCAGUGUGCAAAGGUGAAGAAGUCUGCACCGAGACAAAAGAAAAAAAGCUUGAAAAAAAUUAAUAAGGAAUGGGGAUUCUGGCAGGAGGGAUCCAAUGUAAAAGACAGUGUAAAUGUUGAAAGUGAAGUAUUGGAGCCACCUUCUAAGAAAAUGGUAAGCUUUUCCUCUUGGGAACCAAGUGUUUGUGACUCUGUUUCAGCUCCGGAUACUAAAGGUGGCAAAAAGGCCACAGUGGAUAUUUCUUCAGCUGAAGCCAAAGAAACUUUGACCAGCAUAUCAAAGAAAACCAGUCUUAAAGAUUUCUCGAAUACAUCUCCGAGAUUAGAGCGCUUCAUACGUGAGAUUGGCCUGGGAAACUCUGACUUCUGUUCCCCAAGUGUAAGCCACGGUGCAGAAAGUGUUUGUCCUUCAGAUGACACCAAACCUAAUGAAAAGUCAAGUUCAUUGUUAAAUUGUCAAGUUACAAAAAAACCCAAGAAGGCCCUUCCAGUGAGUCCUGCAUUUUCUUCAAGAGUCACCAGAAGACGGUCUUCCAGUACAGAAAAGGAUAGCACAGAAUUAAAUACAGGCCAGCUUUCCCCGAAAGUUCUCAGUUCUCCAAAUAAAGACUUGUUAAUAACAUCUCCUUCUUCAAGGGGUCUUCAUCAAGAUACUGGCAGUUUGCAGAGAUCUCCAGGAAAUCCAGGUGUUUUUAAGAGAAAUCACAAAGGGGAGACUCCACUUCAUCUUGCAGCUAUUAAGGGAGAUGCUCUGUCAGCAGAGCAAUUACUAAAUAAUGGUGCUGACCCAAACCUCAAAGAUCAUGCAGGAUGGACACCACUGCAUGAAGCUUGUCAUCAUGGUCACUUCAAGGUUGUCGAGCUGUUACUUCAGAAAGGGGCACUUUUAAACACUCCUGGUUAUCAAAAUGAUUCUCCUUUGCAUGAUGCAGUGAAAAAUGGACACACUACAAUUGUGGAGCUCCUUCUACUGCAUGGUGCCUCUCAGGAUGUAGUAAACCUCUUUGGAUUGAAACCAAUUCAGUAUGCAGAGAAUGAAGAUCUGAGAAACAUCCUCCAAACUGCUCCCAAGAGACUUUCAUGUCCAAAGGCCUUGACACACAGUGACAAGCUUACAGUUGACCAACAAAAGAAUGAAAAAUUAAUUCUUGCAAGCAGUGGGCUUUCCAAACGGCAGCAGUCUCAGCUCAGCAAGCUGACAACUCUUAUCAAAGCAGGAAAGGCUGAGCAGUAUAACAGCUGUGUAACUCACAUAAUUAUCCCAGAUGAUCACUUUCCAUCAGCUAUGACGUGCAUGCUGGGAGUGCUGACUGGAUGCUGGAUACUAAAAUUUCAGUGGGUCAAGGCAUCAUUAGAGACAGGAAAGCAAGCUCCAGAAGAAAUGUUUGAAGCUGCUGAUGGUCCAAAACGUAGUCGAAUAAAUAGGCAGCAGCUACUACCGGGCCUCUUUGAUGGAUGCUACUUUUAUUUUUUGGGUCCGUUUAAAUUUCCCUCAAAAGAGGAUUUGAUUCAACUGGUGAAAACUGGUGGAGGCAACAUACUGUGUAGGCAACCGAAACCAGACAGUGAUGUGACACAGACCAUCAACACUGUUGCCUACCACGCGUUACCCGACUCGGACCAGUCCUUUUGCACGCAGUAUAUCUUGUAUGACAGCAGUUACAAGUAUAAGCCCAAGCAGGUACACCUAGGAAAGGUGUGGUCAGCUCCAGUGUCCUGGCUCCUCUGCUGCAUUACCAGUUUCCAACUCUUGCCUGUGCCUGAACUUAACAGUUAACAUAAAAUGUGUUUUUUCUUUCUUGAAAACUACUAAAAUGAUACCAUUAUAAUUGAAACUGAUGCUCUCAUGCACAGUUGAGUUUUCUUCUAACAAAACAUUGUCAUGAAUAAUGCUCAUUACAAACCACGCUUUUUACUAGUUGAUAAAACUACUUCCCUUGUUUUUCUUUCAACACAGUUCAGUUUGUCAAAAUGAAGUUUUGUUUACAUAUUAUAAAUGGCACAAAAAAUAUUAGUAAGCACAGGAUACAUUGAUGGUAUUGUUCCCUGUUAAUGUUAGAAUUUUGUAGUUGUGAAAUCACUUUGUUUAAAAACAAUUUGUACAUCAUUGGUAAGUAUGUUUCUAGCUUUAUAUACGAGUGUUUCAGAUAGUAAAAUUGUACCAACUCUUUGUUUUUUUUCCCCUCAAAAGUAUUGAUGCACUUGAGCAAUUCUUUGCAAUCUGCAUUAAGGGAAUUACUUUCAAGUCUCUGCUGAUAAAGUGUAUAACUUCAUAAUGUAACAAAUCAAAGGUAAUUCCACCCCACUGAAUGGGGACCAAUUUAGGAUAAAAGGUGGAUGUUGCUUGCAUUCCUUGGAAAACAGUUAUCAAUGUAGAUAGUAAAAGUUACCCACAUGGCUUGUAAAGUGUGUGUUUAUUGUGCUUAAUUUUUGUGUAAUCCAAAUGGUAUUUAAAUAUUAAAGAUCUUUGUGUUUUCUGUAAUUUUCUGCAUUGUCUAGUCAUAUCUUCUGAUAAAAGUCUUGUCAUUUUCAGUGUUGAUUUUUUAUUUCCUUAAUGUACAUGUAGCGUUGUGUUUUAAGAACAACAAAUCGGUCUGCAUUUGUUUUUCUUCAGUUUGAGUUUGUACAUUUUGUGAUGGAUCUUUCACUAUAAUAAAUCUACACACUUAAAAGGGUAUGGUUGGGUUUACUUUUUUUUUGUUUUGUUUUGUUUUGUUUCCUAUUCGUUAAACAGUAAGUACCAGUGUUUCUUGGCCGAUAAUACGUGCAUUUGGCCAAUCUAAGUUGGUUCUUUUUACGGGUGAGUCAUGUGACAGAAUGCUGUCUCUAUUAUGUUGUCAGAUCAAUUAAAACAAAAGGUACAAGUUUAACCUCUUCAGUUCUUUUCUUAACUGGCUUUAAUGUUUCUUCCUAUCCCCUAUUAUGCAAUUGUCAUCUCUGACCUCUUCAAGUCAAGUGGCUGGCUUGUCCUACCAUCUGUAUAUGGCAUUUCAGAAUACAGUGGCACAAAAUAAUAU